AUGGCGCCUCUUAGCCAACUGGGGGGCCACAUCAACUCCACCUGUGCAGCAGAGAACACCACAGGGGCCAGCCGGGCCCGUCCGCAUGCCUACUACGCCCUGUCCUACUGCACACUCAUCCUGGCCAUAGUCUUUGGCAAUGGUCUGGUGUGUGUGGCCGUGCUGAGGGAACGGGCCCUACAGACCACCACCAACUAUCUGGUGGUGAGCCUGGCCGUGGCGGACCUGCUAGUGGCCACCUUGGUGAUGCCCUGGGUGGUGUACCUGGAGGUAACAGGUGGAGUCUGGAAUUUCAGCCGAGUCUGCUGCGAUGUUUUCGUCACCCUGGAUGUCAUGAUGUGUACAGCCAGCAUCCUGAACCUCUGUGCCAUCAGCAUCGACAGAUACACUGCCGUGGUCAUGCCAGUUCACUACCAACAUGGCACGGGACAGAGCUCUUGUCGGCGUGUGGCCCUCAUGAUCACGGCCGUCUGGGUACUGGCCUUCGCCGUGUCUUGCCCUCUCCUCUUUGGCUUCAACACCACAGGAGACCCCAGCGUCUGCUCUAUCUCCAACCCUGAUUUUGUCCUCUACUCUUCAGUGGUGUCCUUCUACCUACCCUUUGGAGUGACUGUGCUUGUCUAUGCCAGGAUCUAUGUGGUAUUAAGACAGAGGAGACGGAAACGCUUCCUCACUCGACAGAACAGUCAGUGCCUCAGUGUGAGGCCUGGCUUCCCCCAGCAGUCUUCCUGUCUACGGUUGCACCCCAUUCGGCAGUUUUCAAUAAGGGCCAGAUUUCCAUCAGAUGCCAUGGGGAAAAUGGAACAUUCAGAAGACAAACAAUAUCCCCAGAAAUGUCAGGACUCUCUCUUGUUACACCUGCAGCCCCUUUCCCCUGGCCAGACACACAUGGAGUUGAAGCGCUACUACAGCAUCUGCCAAGAUACUGCCUUGGAGAGACCAGGCUUCCAGGAAGGAGAAGGAGAGUUGAAAAGGGCAGGGAGGACUCGGAACUCCCUCAGCCCCACCAUGGCCCCCAAGCUCAGCUUAGAGGUUCGAAAACUCAGUAAUGGCAGGUUGUCAACAUCCCUGAAGCUGGGGCCUCUGCAACCUCGGGGAGUACCACUUCGGGAGAAGAAGGCAACCCAGAUGCUGGUUAUUGUGCUCGGGACCUUCAUUGUCUGCUGGCUGCCCUUCUUCUUGACCCAUGUUCUCAAUACCCACUGUCAAGCAUGCCACGUGUCCCCAGAGCUUUACAGUGCCACAACGUGGCUGGGCUACGUGAACAGCGCCGUCAACCCCGUGAUCUAUACCACCUUCAAUGUCGAGUUCCGCAAAGCCUUCCUCAAGAUCCUAUCUUGCUGAUGGAGAGGAGAGAAGACUCCCUGUGCCCACUGUUAGCUGCCUGGCCACAGGGCUGCUGGCCAGAGUC